ACUCAUAUUCUGAAAGAUUGUUUUUAAACUCGUGACCCGGAAGUACUUAGUUAUUCUUGCCUUCACAGUGAUCUAGUUAUCUACGUGUAUUUCAGGAAUAUCUUUUGCCCCAUAUAAUAGUCCAAUGAUGACUAAAUUACAAUAUCUGAAUGUGUAUCUAACUGAGCGUUUGAUGCAAGCUGCGGAGGAGAUACUUGGAGUGGUCGGAGACACAAUUUCUGAGUACCAGGAAGAAAUAGCUCGGACGAAGAGAGAGAACCAAUACCUGAAACGCCACUUGAUCACACCGGUCCUACCUGCUCCUCAGCCCAUUGUCUCUUGGGUCUCAGAGCAGCAAACUCCCCCUGAGCAACAGCGCUGUGAGCAGGAGUGGAGCUCCAGUCUGGGGCAGGAGGACACAGAGCCCACACAGAUUAAAGAGGAACAGGGUGAACUCAGGACCCGUCAGGAGGUAGAGCAGAUUCAAGGGCCGGAGGCUGAUACCAAAGAAGACUCCAUAAUCAUUCCUCUCUGUGUGAAAGGUGACUGUGAUCAGGAGCCACCUCAGCCCACACAUCUUCUCCAAACUGUGGAGAACAGAGAGAAGUACUCUCUACUGACCAAUACAACUGGACAGAUCAAAACAGAACCUGAUGGAGAGGGCUAUGUAGUAUCACUAUCAGAACCAACCAGUGACUCCCCUCAGUCUCAGCCCCUCUCUGCAGUAAAUCCAGACUGUUCUAGAACACAGAGUGAGAACACUGAAAGUGUUCAGAGAGAUCCAGAAAGGAGACCAGAGGAGGACACCCAGACACACUCAUGUACUCAGUGUGGUGCCGUGUUCUGUGAGCUAUCCCAACUGAAGGCACACAUGCUAUCCCACACAGAACCACACAGUGGUGACACUAGUCACAGGCAAAUCCUCUGCACAGUCUGUUGGAAGUCAUUCACCUCUACCAGUUACCUCAAGGUCCACCUGUGUUCUCACAAUAAGGAGAAGCCCUUCCACUGUGGUGUGUGUGGCAAGAGUUUCAGCUACUCAGGGAGGUUCAGGGAGCAUCAACGCAUCCACACGGGAGAGAGACCGUACCGCUGCCACGUGUGUGGUAAACGCUUCAACCGGUCUACCCAUCUGAAGACCCACCUGAGGGUCCACACGGGGGAGAAACCCUACUCCUGUCCUGUCUGUGGAAAAGGGUUCAGUCAGUCCAGCCAGAUCAAAGGACACCUCAGAACUCACACCCGAGGAAGGGUCCCAGACGUGCUCAAUGGGAUUGAGGGUCAUUUCAGGAUGAGCCUGAAGGAAGGGUACCACAUGAUGGAGGAGGAUGUCUUCCCUCAUGCCCAAGGCAUGCUCAUCCAGAUGAGCAGAGGGCCCUCAGUGUUCUACAGGAGCACCAUCGAGAGCAUACUGUUGGGCUGCAUUACAGCCUGGUACAGAAACUCCACCGUCGCUGACCGCAAGGUUCUUCACAGGAUGAUAUGUGCAGUCGAACGCACCAUUGGGUGCACACUGCCUGCCCUGCAGGACACCUACAACACCAGGUGUCGUAGGAAGGCCAAAAAGAUCAUCAAGGACCCCAGCUCUCCGAGCCAUGCCCUGUUCUACCCACUUCCAUCACUCAGAUGUGGGAAGUACAGGAGCAUCAUGGAAAAACUGGAAGACUGGCCAAUACUAUCUACGUGUAUUUCGGGAAUAUUUCUUGCCCCCUAUCGUCCAAUGAUGACUAAAUUACAAUAUCUGAAUGUGUAUCUAACUGAGCGUUUGAUGCAAGCUGCGGAGGAGAUACUUGGAGUGGUCGGAGACACGAUCUCCGAGUAUCAGGAAGAAAUAGUCCGGACGAAGAGAGAAAACCAAUACCUGAAACGACACUUGAUCACACCGGUCUUCCCUGCUCCUCAGCCCAUUGUCUCUUGGGUCUCGGAGCAGCAAACUCCCCCUGAGCAACAGUACUGUGAGCAGGAGUGGAGCCCCAGUCUGGGGCAGAGGGACCCAGAGCCCACACAGAUUAAAGAGGAACAGGGUGAACUCAGGACCCGUCAGGAGGUAGAGAAGAUUCAAGGGCCGGAGGCUGAUACCAAAGAAGACUCCAUAAUCAUUCCUCUCUGUGUGAAAGGUGACUGUGAUCAGGAGCCACCUCAGCCCACACAUCUUCUCCAAACUGUGGAGAACAGAGAGAAGUACUCUCUACUGACCAACACAACUGGACAGAUCAAAACAGAACCUGAUGGAGAGGGCUAUGGAGUAUCACUAUCAGAACCAACCAGUGACUCCCCUCAGUCUCAGCCCCUCUCUGCAGUAAAUCCAGACUGUUCUAGAACACAGAGUGAGAACACUGAAAGUGUUCAGAGAGAUCCAGAAAGGAGACCAGAGGAGGACACACAGACACACUCAUGUACUCAGUGUGGUGCCGUGUUCUGUGAGCUAUCCCAACUGGAGGCACACAUGCUAUCCCACACAGUACCACACCAUGGUGACACUAGUCACAGGCAAAUCCUCUGCACAGUCUGUUGGAAGUCAUUCACCUCUACCAGUUACCUCAAGGUCCACUUGCGUUCUCACACUAAUGAGAAGCCCUUCCACUGUGGUGUGUGUGGCAAGAGUUUCAGCUACUCAGGGAGGUUCAGAGAGCACCAACGCAUCCACACGGGAGAGAGACCGUACCGCUGCCACGUGUGUGGUAAACGCUUCAACCGGUCUGCCCAUCUGAAGACCCACCUGAGGGUCCACACAGGGGAGAAACCCUACUCCUGUCCCGUCUGUGGAAAAGGAUUCAGUCAGUCCAGCCAGAUCAAGGGACACCUCAGAACUCACACCCGAGGAAGGUAGAAGAUUCCUUAGAGUGAGGGGAUAGACAGAGCCUUCUGUUCUCAAAGUGCCUCCCUUCUCUUCACUUCUACAUAUAAUUGUAACACUAGAGGACUAUAGAAUGUGUAAUGUUUUGCAGACUGAGGCACCUCAUGUAUUGCAUUGAUUUGAGAGAGUUGCUUAAUAACAUGCUAUGAAAAGACUUGACCCUUAUGUAUCACUAGGUUACACUAACUAUUUUAGAGAGAAAUAUAAUGUUCAUUUUGGUUAGAUUUAAAAAAAGAUAUAUCUUGAUUUUCAAUAGGAGCGGGUUGGUCUCCUUGCAAAUAAACUGUCAUAUUGA